CCCUCCCAUCCCUCGACCAUGUCGAUGGCCAUGUUCUUGGUCUUCCAACACCCUCGAAAUACCGAGAAGCUCAUAGUCCACUUCAAAAAAGAACCUAGUGUCGGUGUUACUGCGGCUCCUUUACCAAGUCUCUCCUCAAAGCUACUGCAGGUGAAGUCUUUAAGCAAGGAACGGGCCGGGUGUAUCGACCCGUCAGCCGCUAGAACAAGCAUGAGAUUAUUAGCGUCGGGGAAACCUGGAGAGACCUUUGAAUAUGCGGGGUAGGCAGAAUAUGAGAUGUGCCAAGUGUGUGUGCAUCGAGCUUAAGCUUGCGUAUGGCUCCGGAGGCAAGGCUUGACUGGAACUGGCGCGACUGACGAGACGUGUUGACGUGAUGAUUUCCAAUUCCUAGUGACGACUUCAAAGGUGGGAUUGUGACUGGUCUGUAUAUUAUUUAAGAUACGACUCGACGACUCGGACAAAAAUUGUGAAGUUCCUAAGACUGAUUAGUGAAGGGCAUACCUGCAUCUGGAGUUCAUCAUGAGGGUCGCAUCCAUAACAAUAUCGCCACUGCGCAUCCUCGCUUCUCUCGCCCUCCUCGUCCUUCCCGUCCACCCCCAAAACACCACCAGCAACAUAACAUCAGACUCCUACUUCUACGGGCAGUCACCUCUUGUACCACCCGCUGCUCUCCCCUCAGGGACAACUUCCUCCUGGUCCUCAGCCUACUCCAAAGCUGCCGCCUUCGUCUCUCAGCUCAGUCAAGAAGAAAAGAGCAACUUGACCUUUGGAGCUAGAGCCACGACGAGCGGAUGCGUAGGCUUCAUUCCACCGAUUGAGAGAUUAGGCUUCAAGGGACUUUGUUUGCAGGAUGCUGGAAAUGGUGUCAGGUUGGCCGAUGGUGUAAAUGCUUAUGACAGUGGACUGCAUGUUGGGGCGACGUGGAACAAGGACUUAGCAUAUCAGCGUGCUCUCCAUAUGGGCGCAGAGUUUAAAGCCAAGGGUGUCAAUAUUGCACUCGGACCAGUCGUCGGUCCCAUUGGGCGAAUUGCUGAGGGUGGUCGUAAUUGGGAAGGGAUCUCAAAUGAUCCGUACCUUUGUGGAGCGCUUGCUGCUGAAACGGUGCGUGGUAUUCAGCAAAACGGUGUCGUGACAAGCACCAAGCAUUUCAUCGGAAAUGAGCAAGAACUCAAUCGCAAUCCAAGCACUAACAACCAAAGGCAGCAUGUAGAGGCUGUAUCAAGUAACAUCGAUGAUAAAACCUUGCAUGAAUUGUAUCUUUGGCCUUUCCAAGACGCAGUGCAUGCUGGAAGCGGGAAUAUCAUGUGUUCCUACAACCGAAUCAACAAUUCAUAUGGAUGCCAAAACAGCAAAAUGCUCAACGGAGUCCUCAAGGACAAAUUGGGAUUUCAAGGCUUUGUUGUCAGUGACUGGGGAGCCUUGCACGCUGGAUAUGCCGCUGCUGAAGCUGGUCUGGAUAUGGUAAUGCCAAGCGGUGGUGUGUUUUGGGGUCCGAACUUGACGGCUGCAAUUGAUAAUGGAACAAUGGAGGCUUCUGUGUUGGACAAUAUGGCUACUAGGAUUAUCGCUACUUGGUACCAGUUCGGGCAAGACAGAGAGGACUAUCCUUCGCCUGGAGUGGGACUUCCACGAAGUUCAACAGCCCAACAUGUUCUCCUCGAUGCAAAAGUCCCAUCUGCGAAACAAGUACUUCUAGACUCAGCGAUAGAAGGCCACGUACUCGUCAAGAACACUAACGGAUCCCUCGGUCUUCCGCUCCAGAAGCCCAAACUCGUAUCGGUAUUCGGCUAUGAUGCAGCUACUCCCAACAAGAAUCCUUCUUUCGAAGGCCCUCCCAGUCAUCUUUCUCAAAUCAUCAAUAAUACCAUGAUUGUUGGUGGCGGUUCCGGUGUCAAUAAUCCAGCCUACAUCUCCUCCCCACUGGAUGCACUCAACCAACGCGCCUACGAGGAUAGCUCCCAACUCCUCUGGGACAUCAUAAAUGUCAACUCUACCGCCCAAGUCGACGCCGCCUCCGACGCCUGUCUUGUCUUCAUCAAUGCCUGGGCCUCAGAAGGCUACGAUCGCUCGUGUGUGCACGACGAUUACUCCGAUGCUCUCGUCAACAACAUCGCAGAUCAAUGCAACAACACAAUUGUAGUGAUCCACAAUGCUGGCGUGAGAUUAGUUGACGUUUUCAUUGACCAUCCGAACGUCACGGCUUUGAUCUUUGCGCAUUUGCCGGGUCAGGACUCGGGAAGAGCGCUGGUGAGUUUGUUGUAUGGUGAGAGUAACCCCAGCGGAAAGUUGCCAUAUUCGGUCCCAAGAAAUGAGUCCGAUUAUGGACCACUGUUGAGCCCGACGCCGCCCGAAGAUGUUUAUUGGCUCUUCCCUCAGGAUGAUUUCACAGAAGGCGUGUAUAUCGAUUAUCGCGCAUUCGACGCCAAGAACAUCACGCCCAGAUAUGAGUUCGGCUUUGGACUCUCAUAUACCACAUUUGAGUACUCUUCUCUGGAAGUCAAUAAAGUAGACGGUCCAUCGACUGCCGAGUAUCCCAUGGGCCGGAUUCUCGAAGGUGGACAAAGCGACCUUUGGGACGUUCUGUUCCAUGUCACUGCGUCUCUAUCCAAUUCAGGCGACUUAGACGGUGCGGAAGUUGCUCAGCUGUAUGUUGGAAUACCAGGAGGUCCUGUCCGGCAACUGAGAGGAUUCUCGAAAGUCGAUGUUGAGCCUGGGAAGUCGUUUGGUUUGAACUUUGACCUCAUGAGGCGAGAUCUGAGUGUCUGGGAUGUUGUGGCGCAGAAGUGGCAGCUGCAGAAGGGAGAGUACAAGGUGUAUGUUGGUGGCAGCUCGAGAAAUCUGCCAUUGGAGGGCAGCUUGAAGAUUUGAGAAAUUCUAGCUCAGUGCAAAAGAUUCAAGCGGAGUGAUUUGGAAUGAUAAUGUUUGAGACUUGUCAAUAACAAGGGAACUUUCAAAGGUUCCCGCCAUUUCACCGACUAUUUCACGAUUCCGGGCAGUGAUUUGAGGAUCUGAUUGUUUCUGUCUCGUAAUGGUGUAAGUAGUGGAAGGUAUCGAGUGACAUCCUCACAGUAACAAUGGCCAUCGAGCUGAAUGGUAGACCUGGAGCAGGUUAUCGCAC